AAAAGCGCAGAGGAGACACGGCGGAGAUAGCGGGAGAGAGAGGGAAAAACAGAGGCGAAAAACGAGAACAACAUGGACACAAACAGUGCGCUCGGCUCGUCUGAGAAACUGUCCUCCGGUGUUGGACUGUAGCUCCUCUCCUCCUCCUCCUCCUCCUGCGCUUCAGCCUGUGGAUAAUAACACUGUCAGGGAAUGGAGGAAAUCUUCAGAAAUCCUGCCACUAAACUGCGCCGUGCUGUCAGGCUUUAAGGCUUUUUAUUUUUUAUUUUUUCUACUUAAACAGAAGGACAUAAAACUGAGGAUGGUGUAACCGAGGGGCGCCCUUUGGUUUCCAACUGCUCUCCAACAUCAGGCCACGCGUAAAGUUUUUUUUUUUUUUUUUUUUUAAGGAGAGAAGGGGGAAAAUUUGCUGCAUUGAAUUCCUCUGGACGGGAUGUCAUCCGCAGUCGGGAGCAACUCCUCCGGCUGACUGAUCCUCCAGCGGUGAGCACACACACAGAGAACCAGAGAGAGAGAGAGAGGAACGAUGGGAGAUGCGGCAGAUGACAGAGGGAUGAGACGCACCUUCAUCGUCCCUGCCAUCAAGAGCUUCGAUCACUACGACUUCACCAGGGCCAAGAUCUCCUGCAGCCUGACGUGGCUGGUGGCCAAGGCUUUCGGCUCGGAUGCAGUACCAGAGGAGCUGGCCGAGCCUUUCUACAGGGACCAGUACAACCAGGAGCACCUGAAGCCUCCAGUCGCCUGCCUGCUUCAGUCUGCAGAGCUCUACUGCCGGGCGGGAAGCCUGAUUCUCCGCAGCGAUGCUGUCAAACCUUUGCUGGGACACAACGCCGUCAUUCAGGCCCUGGCGCAGAAGGGCCUGUACGUCACCGACCAGGACAGACUGGUCAACGAGAGAGAUCUGACCAGCACGCCCAUACACAUGAGUUCCCACCUGGCGCUCAUCGACACCCUGAUGAUGGCGUACACGGUGGAGAUGGUGAGCGUGGAGCGGGUGAUGUCCUGCAUCAACAGAUACUCCUCGGCCGAACCCUCACACACCGAUGGACACAUCCAGGAGCUGCCUUACGACACCGAGGACGCCAUCACCACCUGGAUCAACAAGGUGAACGAACACCUGAGGGACAUUCUCGUAGAAGAGCAGAAGUUGAGAGAGGCUUCUUUCCAGGAGUCAAACGCUGCAACGCACAAAGCUCGCUACAGAAGGGAGCAUGCCCAGAGGAGCGCUCCGUCGCUCCCCCUGGUGGAGAACCUGCUGAAGGAUAACACAGACGGCUGCGCCCUGACCGCCCUGCUGCACUUCUACUGCCCACAGGCCGUCAGGCUGGAAGAUAUCUGCCUCAAGGAGACCAUGUCUCUGGCUGACAGUCUGUACAACCUCCAGCUGGUGCAGGAGUUCUGCAGGAACAACCUCAACCACUGCUGCCACUUCAGCCUGGAGGAUUUGCUCUACGCACAUGCAUCCGUAAAGAGUAACUACCUGGUGUUUAUGGCCGAGCUUUUCUGGUGGUUUGAAGUGGUUAAACCCUCAUUUGUGCAGCCCAGAGUGUUCGAUCCAAACGCCUGUGAGCCUGUAUGUAGAAAUAUGGCGCCUGUGUCCAGUCCAGUUAAACAGAGCUAUGCAGACAGACCUUCCAGCCCGGAGAACAUCUCUGCUGAAGGUAUAAUGAAGAGAUCUACCUCCAUGUCCUAUGUAGAUGGCUGUGUGGGGACAUGGCCCAAAGAAAAACAAUCCUCCUCUCGGGGAAUCUCCUUUGAGAUUCCUCUGGACGGAGACCCGACCCUGCCGUCCUGUGACGCUCCGUCCCUCCGCGGUAUGACCCGCUCAGCCAGCAGCGACGGUCUUGGGUUCAAAAUUCACUAUGCAUCCCGAGGAGGCAUGAAACGCAACCUCUCCCUCAUGCCCGUCAGCGUAAACGGGCAGAGCAGGCACAUCCCGGAGGAGGAUGAGGACUUCACCUCCCACAAACCCUUGGGGCGGAACAACACAUUCUCAGUCAAGAACCAAAGCAGGUACUCCAAUGGAGUCCUACCAGACAGCAACAGCCCCAGCCAUCACCAUGACAACCACACAGGUCACAUCAGCCCAUCGACCCCUCCGAGCAUCGAGGAGGCCUUGAAGAUUAUCCACGACACUGAAAGGCCUCACGCCAGCCUGGGCGUUGGGGACGAAGACAAUGGCUUCUUUCUCCACGGUGCAGAACCUUCAGACCCUCCAGGGGCCCAAGGUCAAGGAGACGACCUGGGCUCAGCUAAAGCUCGGCUGAAUGACCACGAUCCCAACUCCGUAUCCACGGAUGAAGUGGACACGGGCAUCCAUGUGCGGACUGACGACAUCCAGAGCCUGGAUGAGGACUCCUCCUCCCUAAGAGACUAUUCAGAUAUCGACCCAGACUGUGAGGCCACGACCCGGUCGUGUCCUCUGCCCGACAGGCCGGAGAGAGAGAAAACCAAGGAAGGAGGACACAAAGGGGUCGCCGACACUAACCCUGGGGGUGAAAGGGGAGAUGGAGGUGACAGAGGCAGCCCUUGCCCCAGUUCUGCCCCCACAAUCCCCAGAUCACACACAAUGAGUCCGGCUUCAUCCUCCGGUGGCUCUGGGGGCGGUUUGGUGCGAAUGACGAGCUUCGCUGAGCAAAAGUUCAGGAAGUUAGAGGGAAGGAGCAGUGGAGGAACAACACCAGAGAGCUCAGAUCUCAAUGUGCCAUAUACACACCCAGCAAGAACCAGUCCUUCUCAGAUUUCCACACCUCCCCUGCCAAUCACAUCCCCCUCUCCAAUAACUACUUCACCCAGAGACCCCUCCAACAUCAUCGCCUCAGAGAUGAUUCAGCUGAGAAUGAAGCUGGAGGAGAAACGCAGAGCCAUCGAAGCCCAAAAGAAGAAGGUGGAAGCGGCUUUCACUCGGCACCGCCAGAGAAUGGGCAGGACUGCCUUUCUGAAUGUAGUGAGGAGGAAAGGAGUGACAGCUCCCGUCAGCCCCAGCUCAGGAGGAGCAGAGACGCCGUCACCGGAGCCUCUCACCUCCGGAAAGGAAAACAGCCAGCGCGGCAUGGAGCGGGCGGAGAGGUGCAAGCCGGACGGAGCGGCUCCCAAAACCCCUUGUGAAGAUGGUGGCGGUGUGGCUCCGGGAGAGAUCGACCUGGCAGAAUACACUCGCUCCAUCGAGAGGCUGAACACGUCGCUGGGCUUCCUGCAGACGGAGAUGCAGCGUUUGGCUCAGCAACAGGAGAAGAUCAUGGCCAUGAGAGAGCAACAUCAACAAGCCUGGGUCAUCCCGCCUCCCGCUCCGUCUCCACACAGGCAGCUCCGUGAGUUGCGCAGCAGCAGCGUAACAGGCCGGGGAUCAGGCCGAGGCUCGGUGGGGUCCUUAUCCCCCAUCCUGUCUUCUUCUGGCUCUCCCCGCGCCCCCAAUCGUUCCCCAGCCGGGAUUAAGCGACGACCAGCCUCCUUCCAUGCCAGAACACCUCGAACUCCGCGUCCAAACGACCUGAAGGUCACCCCCUUCAGCCGCAUGCUCAACACCCCCACUUCAGUGGACAGCCUGCCCAGACUGAGGCGUUUCACUCCCAGCCAAACCCAGAUCAGUUCGUUUGCCUACUUGGGCCACGAUGAUGGGUCCCAGGAGACCAAGAACCAAGACACCAAGGACAACAAAGAAAACACUAAGAACAAAGAAGUGACCGUGGCGAAGAAGAGUGCUGGCACUCCUCAGCCUGCGACUAAAGAAGCCAAAGAGAAGGAAGACGAGCAACACGAGGAGAGCGGAGAGGCAGAGACGAAGGGAGAAGUCAAACAAUCGAGGACGUCGGAAGUGCUGCGUCAGCCGGUGUCUGAGAUCCAAGGAGCUGCAGGCAGCCGGGUGAAGGAAGACCACCAGGACAGGAGAGACCUGGUGGAGGUGCCUCUGUCUGGGCUGAAGCCUGCAGAUGGCCGAGGGCCAGAGGUGGCAGGAGAGGGAGAAACAGGAGGAGACGUUUAUGCAGAAGACCAGAAGAUGUGCUGUGGAUUCUUCUUUAAGGACGACGUGAAAGGGGAAGAGGACAUGGCAGCGAAGAAGGCAGCUCUGCUGGAGAAAAGGCUGCGGAGGGAGAAGGAGGCUCAGGAGAGGAAGCAACAACAGGAGCUGGACCAGGAGCAGAAGAGGGAAGCUGCCCGGUUGAAAGCAGAAGAGGAGCAGCAAAAGAAGGACGACGAGAAGGCGAGGAGGGAAUACAUCAAGAACGAGUACAUGAGGAGGAAGCAGCUCAAACUGAUGGAGGACAUGGACGAGGUCAUCAAGCCUCGAUCCGGAAGUCUCAAGAAGAAGCCGCGGCCCAAAUCCAUCCACAGGGACGUCAUGGAGUCGUCUACUCCUCCCGUGAAGGCGACAGGGGUGCGUCCUCGAGGCUUCUCGGUGUCCAGCGUUUCUUUGGCGUCUCUCAAUCUGGCUGACAACGACAGAGACCACCACUCAGAUAACAGGAAGAACAGCAGGCCGGACUCUGCGGAAGGUUUCUCUUCGUGUCCUUCGGCUGGCAGUCGUAACGGAGAGAAGGAUUGGGAAAACGAUUCGACCACCUCGUCCACUCCCUCCAACACUGAGUACACAGGACCCAAACUGUACAAGGAGCCCAGUGCCAAGUCCAACAAGCACAUCAUCCAGAACGCUUUGGCUCACUGCUGCCUGGCUGGCAAAGUCAAUGAAGGGCAGAAAAACAGGAUACUUGAUGAAAUGGAGAAAUCUGAAGCCAAUAACUUCCUCGUGCUGUUCCGCGAUGCCGGAUGCCAGUUCAGGUCCGUUUACACCUACUGCCCCGAGACCGAGGAGAUCACCAAACUGGCUGGCAUCGGCCCAAAGAGCAUAACAAACAAAAUGAUCGAGGCCCUGUACAAGUACAACUCAGACAGGAAGCAGUUCAGCCAGAUCCCAGCCAAAACCAUGUCCGCUAGCGUGGACGCCAUCACCAUCGCCAGCCAUCUGUGGCAGACCAAGAAGCAGGGGACGCCCAAAAAACACCCCAAGUAGUGCCAGAUGGUCGGCCAACGUUUGGACACACUUCAUUGGUUUGGUCCACGCAGAAGAAUUUGUGGAUUUUACUUUUUCAUUAAAAAGGGACACACGUUUCCACUGUUCAAAAUCACAACUGGAAUGUAGAACACACGCGGGCCUCACGGAUGUUGUCGUUGCGAAUACAGAGCUGGCCGUGUCACUCUGAACUGCUUAAAUGAGGCACAAGUGUGUACUCGUCAGCAUGUGUAUCUAUGUUCUCAUGUGCCAAAACAAAAAAAAAACAAAAAAAAACAAGAGAAGAAAAUAAUAGGCGAACCAAUGCCUUACCUAGUUGAACCACUGAAGCACUGAAUGUCACGCCUCUGAACGGGGGGCAGUUUGGUUUCUCUAAGUUGAUCAUGUGUGGCCUUAUGCUUGUUUUGUGUCAUAUGGAUGCGCUGUGAGUGUUCGUGUCAUUUUGUCAGCGCCUGUUGAAAAAGUCCGUUUGUUGCGUGUAAAAACAAAGUCUGAGAUCAGAUCACGUCCCCUUCACGGUCAUUUUAAAGGGCGGCCUGUCUGUGAUCAGACGCAGCAUUUUUGAUGAGAGUUUUGCGCCAUACAGGCAUGAAUUUCUGUUUUUUUUGUUGUUGGUUUUUUUUUUACACGUGACUGAAAAACUUAUAAACAGUUCAAGUUUGUGUAUGUGUGUUUAGUGAAGUGCCAAGAAGAGCGAGGAAAAUACCUCAGCUGGUGAUUGCAACUACUUUCCAAAAGUGUCAAAUGAUGAGAUUACUGAGCAUACGGAGGAACAUCGAACAAUUCUGGAAAGCACCUGCAAUAGACUCUUAAUUUAUUUCAUUUUGAUAAUGCUUUGAAGAUAUUUUAAAAAGCGUCUUAGAUUUUAUCCAGAGAAACAUAAUAUACUAUGCGUAUAUAAGUUAAAAAAAUUAGUUUGUAUAUAAUGGCAGUUCCAUUCAAAAUGAACAAGUCAGCUUGUAGUAGCUUUGAGUAGCUUUUAUAAUUUAUCAGUAUGUCGUCGUUUUUGGGGCCUUUUUAUCGUGCUACAAGAUGCAAAAAGUUGUGAUCACUCAACGGUAUCACUGAUAAGACUAUCAUGAGUAGUAGACUAGAUGGAAAUCCCACACUGUGUCAUCAGUCUGUGCAAUUUAAGAGUAAAUAAUCACCAUUGACCAUGUCGCAGUUAGAACUAACAAAUACUGAAAAGUGUCACUUUAAUGUGGUUAUUGUCUGAGCUAUUAAAUCAGGGUUUACCUGCAAAGUAGUCCACAAUUGUAAAUAAAAUGAAUUCACCCAUGCUAGCACUUACAGACCCUGUCCACUGUUGUCCAGUCUAAUCAAAGAUGUUUCCACUUCAGGACUGUCAUGCUUAUUACUUUUACAUUACUGUUACUUUUUUUUUUUUUUAAAUCAUGCAUUCCUUCAAUAUGUGUUGACACUGUACAGAUAUAUUUUGGCAUAUAGAAGUAUUUUUUGUAACGACAUUUACCUGUUGGAAGCGCGUACUAAUGAAGCAGUACAGGUGUUGAAGGAAGCGUGUUGAGUGCAGAGUGUAGCCGAGGUGGCGAGAUGUGUAAAGUCUUACUGAGGCUUUAGUGUGGUAUCGUGUGAAAUCCAGUGAGUAUACUGAGAAAACCAUAGUAUUUUUUUUCGAAUUCAUUUUCUUUCCAAUUAACAAAAUAUGCUCGACUGUUCAUGGAUUUUUGUUGUUUUGUUUUUUUUUUCUAUUCCUUUGAGCUUUAUUAAAAUGCCAGCUAUCAAUAGUA